AUGGAGAAUGGAGAGACACGGUCCAGCUCUGCUGGGAAGACCUGCUCACCUGGAACAGCUGCUGGACUCACCUGUUCAGACCCAGGUGGUGUCAGGUUGGUGGGACAGCCGAGCCGCUGUGCUGGUACUUUGGAGAUCCAACACCUGGGACAGUGGAGACCAGUAAUAGACCCCCGUAGAGACUGGGACCUGAAGUCUGGAUCUGCUGUGUGUCAGUAUCUGGACUGUGGAUCAGCUGUUUCAGUCAACAACACACAGGAUUCUGCACACAGACCUGUGUGGUCAGUGUCAGUUCCUUGUGUAAAGCUGACGUCUGGACUGAGGGACUGUGUUGAACUAAGUGGUUCCUACAUGUUCUCAUCUGGUGUGGACGUGGUGUGUUCAGAUCUGCUGCCUCAGCCCAACAUCUCCCUGUCUGACGGGGUCUUUGAGGUCUACCAGCAGGGCCGCUGA